AUGUCAGUCGAGUUCUAUGUCAUCAGUCGCGAACCGACGCCGUCCACGCCCUCUCACUGGACACAGCCCACCCAUCUCGUUUUCCUUUGCUUUCUUUUUGCGUGCUCAUCUUUGCUGCACGUAAUCAAGAGGGACGUGUUGGGGGAGAUGGAAGGGGCACGCCAAUUAUGCCACGGCCGAAACGAACCCUUCUUUCUCUGCCUUUACCCUUUUCUGCCACCUUUCCUGGGCUUCCUCUACCCGUACGGAGUUAUGUACUCUCCAGGGCAGGUUGUAUUAGCUCCAAGAAGUUGCAGCAUCCUCCCCCUGCCCAUCACAUAUCCUCAAUCUCUGCCCGCCUCCGCCGCCCGUCAACCCCCCACCUCGAUGAGCAAAAAUUUGUCCAACAAUGUUACGAUUUGGGCAUGA